AUGAAUGGGGUAUCAGUAGACAUCAAUCACUUGAAAAAAGGUGAAGUCAAUUUAGGUACAUCAAUUAUGGCUGUCAAAUUUCAAGAUGGUGUAAUAUUAGGAGCAGAUUCUCGUACAACAACAGGUUCAUAUAUUGCAAAUAGAGUAACAGAUAAACUAACUCAAAUUCAUGAUUUUAUAUAUUGUUGUCGUUCAGGUUCAGCAGCGGAUACUCAAGCAGUGGCAGACAUUGUAAAGUAUUAUUUACAAACUUAUUCAUCACAAUUACCAAACGGUCAAAAACCAACAACUGAUAUAGCAGCAAAUGUUUUUCAAGAAAUGUGUUAUAAUAACAAAGAUAAUUUAACUGCUGGAAUUAUAUGUGCUGGUUAUGACGAUAAAUAUGGAGGUUCAGUAUAUUCAAUACCAAUUGGAGGAUCAAUACAUAAACAAGAUUAUGCAAUUGCCGGUAGUGGAUCAACUUUUAUUUAUGGUUGGUGUAAUGAAAAUUAUAAAUCUAAUAUGCAAAAAGAUGAAACUAUAGAUUUUAUAAAAACUGCUUUAGCUGAAGCUAUUAAAUGGGAUGGUUCAUCUGGUGGUGUUAUAAGAAUGGUUAUAUUAACCAAAAAUGGAGUUGAAAGAUUAAUAUUUUAUCCUGAUGAAUAUGGAAAAUUGACUCAAAAAAUAGAAUAA